AUGCCUUUCGUCAAAGCCAACACUCACAGUCUACACUAUUCCGACUCCCACCCUGAUGGCCCACCAACCCCGAACGGCCUCACUUUCCUUUUCAUUCAUGGCCUGGGAUCUUCGCAGAACUAUUACUUCCCCGUGAUCCCGCAUUUGACAUCGAAGCACCGCUGUGUUACCAUCGACACAUACGGUUCCGCCCGCUCAGCAUACACUAAUGACCCGAUCUCUAUCCCGGGUAUCGCAGCCGAUGCCAUCGCUGUUCUAGAUGAGCUAAAGAUCUCCAAGGCUGUCGUGGUCGGCCAUUCAAUGGGUGGAUUGACCGUCACGGAGAUUGGAUCGCGGUACCCGGAUCGGGUACUGGGUGUUGUGGCGAUUGGGCCGACGCACCCGUCAGAGAUGUUGGUAACGGUUAUGAGCAAACGGUCGGAGACUGUCCUUGAGACUGGUAUGGAAUCCAUGGCCAAUUCUAUCCCCUCCGCAGCCGUCGGAUCCCGCAGCACCCCACUUCACAAGGCCUUUAUCCGAGAGCUGCUGCUUGGUCAGGAUCCUAAGGGCUAUGCGGCACUUUGUCGGGCUAUCUCUACCGCUCAGCCGGCUGAUUAUGCUGCCGUGCAGGCGCCGUUCCUGCUCAUUGCUGGUGAGGAGGAUAAGUCUGCAUCCAUGGAGGGAUGUGAGCAUAUCUUCCAGAAUGUCUCAAGCAAGAACAAGUCGCUUGAGGUGCUGAAGGGCGUAGGACACUGGCAUUGUAUUGAAGCAGCCGAUGAGGUUGGCUCGCUCAUUGCGCAGUUUGCUGAUGGAAUUGUGGUUUGA